GCAUUCAAAACCUUCCUCUUUUCUUCAUUUUUGCUCUCCUCCUCUUCUCCCAUCAACGCUGGCAGCCAACCACUCCGUUGCCGGCGCCGGCGCCGUCGCGUUUGCCCUACUAGGCCUUUCCGCCGAUGGCUCCCUCUUUCCUUCUUUUUCCUCUUUCUUCUCUUCCCGUUCCUUCUGCCUACAGUUCCUCUCUUUCUAAAUAAGCCUAGCCACCGUUCUUCUUCACGGGGUGCAAGGUCUCUUUCAGUCUUAAAACUAUAUAAAUACCUCGAAAUCUAUUUUGUCCGUAUCACCCACCUCUAUCUCUCUGUCUCCAAAAAAAAACAUAUUUUUCUUUCUCCGUCUAAUAAUUAUUAAAUCAGUGAAAUGGGAAGGAAAAUGGAAUGGGCAGCCAGGGAGAAGCACAUGGGAGGAAUACCAAGGAAGAUAGUGUUCUUGGCGGUGGGGUCGUUCGCAAAGGCAGUAACCUCUCUUCUCAACACCUCCUCCAUUCACAAUGCCGAAACCCUCAUUCGUCUUGUCCGCUCUCGACCGCCUGGCAUGCCACUUCUCACCGUUAGCAAUCACAUGUCUACCUUGGAUGAUCCACUUCUUUGGGGAUUCAAGGGUUUCCCCUCCUUGGAUGCAAAAUUGGCUCGCUGGGUACUUGCUGCAGAAGACAUUUGUUUCAAAAAUUUUCUCCUUACUUAUUUUUUUAGACUUGUAAAUUGUGCAGGUAAAUGCAUACCUAUUACAAGGGGUGCCGGAAUUUAUCAGGAACACAUGAAUGAAGCCCUUGAGUGCUUAAACAAUGGAGCCUGGCUGCAUACAUUUCCUGAAGGUAAAGUUUCACAAGAAGAUGCACCCAUAAGACGAUUAAAAUGGGGAACUGCUAGUCUAAUUGUUCGUGCUCAUGUGACUCCAAUAGUUCUUCCCAUUGUUCAUUGUGGUUUAGAAGAGGUGAUGCCAGAAAAAUUUUUUCCUGACAGAAGGCCUCCAUUUCCAUUAUGCAAUAAAAAUAUCAAAAUUAUCAUUGGUGAGCCACUAGAAUUCGAUAUUCCUAGAAUGAGGCAGACGGCGAUUUCCAUAUCUCGUGAUCUAUCAUGUACUUAUCGAGGAUGGCCCAUUCUCUCCCCAUAUGGAUUGGAUGAAGCAGCACAGAGAUGCCUAUACUCAACUAUUUCAGAGCAAAUACAAACUGCCAUGGAGGGUUUGCGAAAUGCUGGUAAAAGUUUCUUAAAGUAGGUUAUUUAAACCUUAUUUAAUGUUGAGGAUAAAAAAAUAAAAUGGUUAUUGAGUCUCUGUUUUAAUUUUUUAAGUACACUCGCAUGCGCCCAGUUUUGCAUUAAGGAAACACACUUAGCUGGAAACCACGUUCAAGUCUUGGUUUUGAAAACAUAUACCUUAAAAUGAAUUAAUAACUAUGCAAGUGCUAUCAGCUUGGACGUUUCAAAAACGUUCCUUUGAAAAUUCUGAAGUCCGGUUUUGAAUUUGAAGGUUGUUCUAAUAUUAUUGGUUAAGGUGAUAUUUAAGGAAAAAGUAGUCAUUAAUGUAUUUUAUUCUUUUGAAAUUUACAAGAAUAGUGCAUUAAAUGUAAUUAUAUUUUAACUAUUUUUAAUAAGUGUGAGUAGAUUGAUUAAUCAAACUCUAAA